AUGCCCCACAGCCUCGUCCCCUUCCUCCUCCUCCUAGCCGCGGCCGCGGCCGCCGCCACCGGAGCCGGCGCGGCCACCCCGCGGCAGCUGUUCCUCGUGAGCCAGCCGCCCGUGACGCUCACCAAUCACCACGGGCAGCUGCUGACGGGCAACUACUCCGUCAACCUGCUCUGGUACGGGCGCUUCACGCCGGCGCAGCGCGCCGUGGUGGCCGACUUCAUCCUCUCCCUUUCCCCUUCGGGGUCAGGGACGGCGUCUGGGUCGGCCUCCGGCUCGGCCGCGCCGUCCGUGGCGGCGUGGUGGGCCACCACGGCGCGCUACCACCCAGGCGCGGCGCGGCUGUCGCUGGGUCGCCAGGUGCUGGACACGUCGCUGUCCCUGGGCCGGCGCCUCUCGGAGUCGUCACUGGCGUCCCUGGCAUCGCGCCUGGGCCCGCACCGCAGCACCGUGGCCGUGGUGGUGACGGCGCCGGACGUGCUGGUGGACGGGUUCUGCCUCUCCCGCUGCGGCCUGCACGCGUCGGCGAGCACCCCGUCGCCCGCCAGCAGUGGCCACGGGGGACGCGGGCGGUUCGCGUACGCGUGGGUGGGCAACCCGGCGGAGCAGUGCCCGGGGGAGUGCGCGUGGCCGUUCCACCAGCCUCCGUACGGCCCGCAGCAGCCGGCGCCGCUGGUGUCCCCGAACGCGGACGUGGGGAUGGACGGCGCAGUGAUCACGCUGGCGACGCUGCUGGCGGGUGCGGUGACCAACCCGUACGGCGGCGGGUUCUUCCAGGGCCCCGCGGAGGCGCCGCUGGAGGCUGUGUCGGCGUGCGCGGGCGUGUUCGGCGCCGGCGCGUACCCGGGUUACCCGGGCCAGAUGCGCGUGGACGCCGCCACGGGCGCUAGCUACAACGCCGUCGGGGUGGCUGGGCGCAGGUUCCUGCUGCCCGCCAUGUGGGACCCCGCCACGGCGCAGUGCUCCACGCCGCUCGUGUAG